AUGAGUUCAUCCACCGCGGCAAUUCUCUAUGCUAUCACUAUCACCACGCCUGCCGCUUCACCUUUGCCAGAUGAUGCGCAGAAAAAAAGCCAUCACCUUCAAGGCGGAUUCACGAACCCAUGGGAUUCAUGGAAACCGAUCAAAGCAACCAUUGCCUAUGAUAUCCUUUCUCGCCAGGUAACUGGGAAAGCCAACCGGCCUGACACUACGCCUCCGACUGUUCCAGUCCGUAAACCAGAAUUUCUGCCCAGCCGGGAGACGUCGAAGCUGAGGACGACAUGGCUGGGCCAUGCCUGCUACUAUGUCGAGUUUCCCGACGGGCUGCGAGUGUUGUUUGAUCCUGUCUUUGAGGACCGUUGCUCGCCUUUCUCCUGGCUUGGACCGAAACGGUACACGGAGGUGCCGUGCCAGAUCAAAGACAUCCCUUUCAUCGACGCAGUUGUUAUUUCCCACAACCAUUACGACCAUCUGUCACACCCGACAGUGAAAGAGAUCGCCAAACUGCAUCCGAAUUGCCAUUUCUUUGCGCCUCUGGGUAACAAAGAGUGGUUUUCAAGGUCGGGAAUUAAGAAUAUGACUGAGAUGGACUGGUGGGAAGAGCGGGAUGUCGUCCUUUCGCCUUCAAAGUCAGACACUACGGUUGAAGAAGCAACAGGCGAUCUCGCAUCGAAGCCUGCGGAUAUCAAAGCGCGUAUCGGCUGCCUACCAUGCCAGCAUACCAGUGCCAGAGGGCUCCUUGAUCGAGAGAAAACAUUGUGGUCGUCAUGGUACGUCGAAUCUGGAGGUCGCAAGGUUUACUUCGCUGGAGAUACUGGAUACCGUGCGGUACCUGAACUUCCGGAUGGCGUGGACGAUCACGCCCCCGAGUAUGAUUACCCUUCGUGCCCCGCGUUCAAGCAGGUCGGCGAAUUCAGAGGACCUUUUGACCUAGGUCUGAUCCCCAUCGGAGCGUACGCGCCACGAUUUAUCAUGAGUCCGAUGCAUGCAGACCCUCAUGAUGCUGUGGAAAUAUUCAGAGAUACAAAGUGUAGACGAGCAACCGCCAUGCAUUGGGGCACGUGGGUGCUUACUGAGGAGGACGUCCUCGAACCUGCGAGGAAAUUAAAGGAGGCAUUGAAGAAGCAUUCAAUUCCUGAAGAGGGAGUGUUCGAUGUUUGUGACAUUGGCGAAAGCAGGGAGUAUUGA